ACCGUAGUAACUGCUAGCUCGACAUCAUAGAAAGAAGUUGGUCCACUUUUUCAGCUACAAUGUGACUCUCUUGAAUAUACACGAUCUUUGAUUGCGUGAGGGCCGGAGUUCACAGGUGUACGGGGCCAGAGUGUCCGGAAGUGACGUAGCACGCUCUCAAGACUACCCCAGCGGCUUGGACAGUGAGAUAGAUGGACCGAGGAGAGGGAGUGAGAGAGCAGCCGGACAUCUGUGAGAGACUCAACGCUGCUAAACGGUGAGAAGUGAGACAGAACAGAACCUGAGCCCGGAUCCCACUCUGCGAACCCUGUGAGAUGCCCAGAAAGCAACUGAAAGGUGAAUUUCAACACUCAGACGAACCAGAAGCGUGUUAGGUCGCGCCCAACUCAUCGUCACUGGGCGGCCCAUGCACAUGCACGACACUAUGGGCAGCUCCCCCGAGGUGCUCUCGUGGACUUCCUGUCCCAGUCUGCUGGUGGGCAAGCUGAAGGAGGAGCUCAAACUCACCGUGGUCGGGGACACAAUGAAGAAAUCAAACUCACCCACCUCCCAACCUCAGCCUCCACAGGCACCUCCAUCCAACCUACCUCCUCAGAUCAUCACAGACCUGGCCCCGCCCACACACCUGCCCGUUCCCUUGCAGACACCUGGGCAGGAGGAGGACUCAAUGCUGGGGGGUAUAAGUCCCCCGAACGUUGCUUUGAGUGUGGACUCCACACGGAGCGAGGGCGGGCACUUUGACAACAGCGUGCUCCAGCUGCAGGAGCAUGACAACGAGGAGGCUGUGUCACCGGCGUCCUGUGAGCACGGUGGGUGUGGAAGCGGGUUGGACGAGCAAAUGGGUGAAGGGGGAUGUCCCAUAGACCACAGUGGAGAGGGGAGGCAGAACCACCCCCACCACCACCACCACCACCACCCCGAUGACAUCAAGUUGCACUUCCACAGAGCGGGACCUGGUUCGGGUGGUUUUUUAGAGGGUUUGUUUGGCUGUCUGCGGCCCGUCUGGAACAUCAUCGGGAAGACGUACUCGACAGAAUACAAGCUACAACAGCAAGACAUGUGGGAAGUUCCAUUUGAGGAGAUUUCAGAGCUGCAGUGGCUUGGUAGCGGCGCACAGGGAGCCGUCUUCUUGGGCAAGUUCCGCUCUGAGGAGGUGGCCAUCAAGAAGGUGCGGGAGCAGAAGGAAACAGAUAUCAAACCCCUGCGAAAACUCAAGCAUCCAAAUAUCAUCAGCUUCAAGGGAGUGUGCACGCAGGCUCCUUGUUACUGCAUCAUCAUGGAGUACUGUGCUCAGGGCCAGCUGUAUGAGGUGCUGAGGGCGGGGAGGAAGGUGACCCCCAGGCUGCUGGUGGAUUGGGCCUCAGGCAUUGCCAGUGGCAUGAACUACCUACACCUGCACAAGAUUAUCCACAGAGACCUCAAGUCUCCCAAUGUUUUGGUCACCCACAACGACACUGUGAAAAUCUCUGACUUUGGAACGUCCAAAGAGCUCAGCGACAAAAGUACGAAGAUGUCAUUUGCGGGUACGGUGGCCUGGAUGGCUCCAGAAGUGAUAAGAAAUGAGCCUGUAUCUGAAAAAGUGGACAUAUGGUCAUUUGGAGUUGUGUUAUGGGAGCUUCUGACCGGAGAGAUUCCCUACAAAGACGUCGACUCCUCAGCCAUCAUUUGGGGUGUCGGCAGCAACAGUCUCCACCUUCCUGUCCCCUCCACCUGCCCUGAUGGCUUUAAAAUCCUCAUGAAGCAAACAUGGCAGGGCAAACCCAGAAACAGACCUUCAUUUCGUCAGAUCCUCCUACACCUGGACAUUGCCUCUGCUGAUGUCCUAGGAGCUCCUCAGGAGACUUACUUCAAGUCCCAGUCAGAAUGGAGGGAGGAGGUGAAGAAACACUUUGAGAAGAUCAAAAGUGAAGGCACGUGUAUCCACAGGCUGGAUGAAGAGCUCAUCCGACGCAGACGGGACGAACUCAGGCAUGCUCUGGACAUCCGAGAGCACUAUGAGAGGAAACUGGAAAGAGCCAAUAACCUCUACAUGGAGCUGAGUGCCAUCAUGCUGCAGCUGGAGGUCCGAGAGAAAGAACUAAUGAAGAGAGAGCAGGCCGUAGAGAAGAAAUAUCCCGGGACCUACAAGCGCCAUCUGGUCAGGCCCAUCGUCAGGUCCAACGCUGUGGAGAAGCUCAUCAAGAAGAAAGGAAGCAUUUCCCACAAACCGGGGAUGCCGUCUGCUAAAAGGCCAGACUUACUUCGCUCUGAUGGCAUCCCCAGUGUGGACUCUCUCCCCUCUCCCUCACCACUAUCAGCCAGCCCAAAGGUCUCCACACCUCCUGGCAAAGCCCGAUACAGAAGCAAGCCCCGGCACCGCCGUGCCAAUAGCAAAGGAAGCCACAACGAGUUCCCUGGGCUUCUUAAACCUUUAGCUGGUGCACAAGAGGACACCCAGUCUCUCCAGGAGCAGCAGUUCCACCAUCACCACCACCACACACUACCUGAGGGGCACCUCCUCCCCUUGAAGGGCCGGGAGGAGGCCGUCGUCAACUGUGCCAAUAACCUGCGCUACUUCGGCCCUGCCGCGGCCCUGCGUAGCCCCCAGACAGACCACCUGCAACGCCGCGUUUCUGAAUCCAGCCCCGACCUCAUUUCCACUGCAGUGGACGCAGACACGCGACAGAGGACUUCAUCCACCAGCUCUAACCUCAUCCCAGGUGCUGGUGCUGGUUCUUUGUGUCCCUGCUGCCAGGCUCACCCUUUCCCUGGAUGCCUUCACUGUCAGGAGACGCCUCCUGUAACAAACCACCCAGAGUUACCUCACUACUCACUGCUUAACACCCAAGAAAGCACCCAAUCCUCUUUAGGGGCUCCCGGCAAAGACCCUGCCACAGAUGGAGAGGCCACAAAGAAAACUGAGCCACAGGAACAAGACCCAUCCCAACAAACACACAAACUCCCCACCGCACUGCCCCGCAUCCUCAGGCCCCUCAGAAAGGGUGGCGAUGAGUCAUCUGAAGAGGAGGAGGGGGAGGUUGAUAGUGAAGUGGAGUUUCCGAGGAGACAGAGACCUCACCGCUGUAUGAGCAGCUUCCAGUCCUACUCCACCUUCAGUUCAGAGAACCUGUCUGUGUCUGACGGCGAGGAGGGAAACACCAGCGACCACUCACACAGUGGACCCUUGGAGAGGCUGAGCGCCAGUCAGGAGGAGCACCUGGAUGAGCUGCUGUCGCACACGCCAGACAUCCCCAUCGACAUCUCCACCCAGUCAGACGGCCUCUCUGACAAGGAGUGCGCCGUCCGCAGGGUGAAGACCCAGAUCUCACUGGGGAAACUGUGCUCUGAUGAACACAGCUACGAGAAUCCACUGCAGUUUGGGGACUCAGACUGUGACUCAUCAGAGGCAGAGUGCUCCGAUGCCACCAUCAGAAACAACAAAGUCGGGGCUCCUUCCUCGUGGUGAAAAGCCCCAGGGCUUGAUCCUAUUUUUGCCUGGAGGCCAACGAGUCCCAUUCUGCUCUGCAGAAAACACAGCAAUAAGAGGACCACAUUGUAAAACAAAGCUCCCCUAUAGCAAAGUCCCCUCCCCUACAAUCUCUCUCAGAAAACCCCCCUCCCUCCCCUUGUCCCUCCCUUCAUUAAACCCAGUCUGCCCCAUCGCUAGCACAGCAUCCAGGCAACCCAUGGCAGGGAUUCCCUUUUGAAUGAUAAUGUACAGUAGAUAGUGCUCAUAAUUUAUUUUUGUCUGAGUUUUGAAGGAACAUUCAGGACUUCUGUUUAUCCUCUGAUCCAAACAGAGACAAAAAAGAAAAACUGGGCUAACUGUGUGUUGGGGAGAGACUGAGACUGGGCGAUAAUGCAGAUGAUGAUAAUGAUGAAAAGGAGGAUGUGUUGGAGUGCUCAAGAGGCUGAUCUGCAGAAGAUGAGUGACAUCACUGCAGCUGUUGGCGUAGGAGCAUUGAUACAAGCCUUGAUCCUGGCUGUUUGCUCUGAGAAUCUUGUUUAAGAUAAAAAAAAAAAAAAACUCCGACCAACACAGAGAGACUUGCUCUGAUUAUGAUCAAAUGGCUUUAUUGUGAGUUUACAGUGCAUAGCCUCAGUUUCCCGCCUCCAUCCUGUCCCCACCACACUGAGUAGGGAAAAAGGGGAGCUCAUGAAAACAAUGCGAUCACCAGCAUGAACAACCUGCCUCGCAACUGGACUCCCUCCCUCCCUUUCCUUCCUAGAACAAGUGUCCAGUCAUCAAAGGAUCCAUGCGGAACUGUCCUAGCAUGCCUGUGCAGCUCGCAAAAUCGCGGACGCUGACGGAAGACUGCAUGAAGUGGACAAGCUAGCAGGUCACAGAGACGAAGAUAAAUAUAACACACACACACAAAAAAAAAGUCUCUUCCUCUGUGACGCAGCUCAUCCUUCUCAGAGACACGCCAAUGUCAUUGUCAUCAUCAAUCAGAUGUCAUGACCUAGAGUUGUUAAGGGAGUUAUAUGUGUGGGUGUGCGUGUGUGUGAGCGUGAGCGUGUGGAAACAAAGCCCGUUCUUCAUUAGACAUUACAGUUUCAAGUCUCAUCUCAGGAUAGUUCGAGGACUGUGAGAAACUGGACUGGACCAAUAGUUGUGUGUAGGAAUCUGCUUUGAGUGGCACAUAAUAUGAACCAGGAUUAUUAACAAAAAAAAAGUCUUACAGGUAGCCUUGAUGUUCAACCUUUUAUGGCGUAACAGAAAAUAAUAUUUACGUUGAAAUUUGAGUUGCAAUCCAGGUGCAGUGUCCCCUUUCUUUGAAGUACCAGGUGCAGCAUCUGUCAUGUACCAUUUUCUAGCAGGGUAAUUUAUACUGUCUGAUACGCAGCGUCCAAUAAUUGUUUGUCUGUGCUGUGGUGAGUAAAACAGCAAUAAUAAUGUAAUUGGGGGCGUCUAGCAGGCUAGACACAACACAGUGACUGGUGUCUAGAGAGGAGCCGGAGGUGUCAAACAGCUUCAUAAAGAGGCUUUAUUUUUUAAAUUCUCCCUUCUUUGUGAACUUGCCUUCCCAGAGACUGAUGCUCAGGUUUUAUGUUGUUGAUUUAGAGAAGGAGCAACACAUCCACAGCCACUAGAUGGCGGCAGUUACAGUGACUUAUCCUUGUGUUAUGUAAACAGCUCCAUUACUUUGAUCCAAAUCCAACAACUCCAGUAAUAUCACUUUUUGUCUUGCUGUCUUUGAAAUGGGAUACUGCACCUGUGAUUUUACCCCCCCUGCCCCGUGAGAGUGUUUGCCACCCGCUUUAGUUAAUGACUGCACAGUUGAAAUAACAGCCAGUCAGGGUUGAAUUUAACGAUAAUGAUGUCAAGCUCAAGUGUAUGCAGACGGCUGAGUUUCUAAGUUAGGAAUAUAAGCCAGAGACAAGUCCACAGAGCAAGUAAGCUGCUCUUGGUUUUCAAACAACCUCAUCUCAGUGUUAGUUACUCCUGUAUAUAAUCAUCUGUAAUGUAAUGUAUACUGUUUUUGUCCUUUCUCUCUAAUGUAUCGCACAGCUCAGACAGAAGCCUCGAGCUCUGACGACCAGCCCACUGGUUAAAAAUGAGCGGGAGAUACUUAAAUCUGUAUCACAUCAGUACUGAACUCUGCAGGAGGGUGUGAGUCAUAUGAUCAUAGUGGCACACAGUAAAUCUAAACCUGUACUGAUGAAUUAAUUACCUUUUGCCUGAAAGCUUUGGAAAGGCUUACACCUGGUACUAAAAGCAGCUGCUGCCUUUCCUCGAGCCUCCUUCGAACCUUCUUCACUCUGUUUACGUUGGUGUGAAAUAACCUAGUGUUUCGUAAUGACUGGGUGAUCCGAUCAAGCUGUUAACGUUUGUCUUUCUGGCAUAUAUCCUGUGAAGUAUGAUUGAUUGUUGUAAAGUUUAAUUUAAUUUUGAUUCUUUUUUUUUUUCCUUUGUAGCUGGCCUACAUGAUUAUUGAGUUAAUUUAUUAUGAAUGACUGCUACGGUGUUGUUCUUUUUAAUUUCAGGCAGCUUUAGAAAUGUGAUUUCUCCUGAAAAGUAUUAUGUAAAGGAAGCACAAUGAAUUGGAAUGGGAAGAAGACAGUAUUUUUAUUGCAGAACAAAAGCAUUGUCAUAUAACGAGCAUCUCCUGUUUUUACUUUGGGACCAUUUAUCAUUUUGAUCUUUUUAAAAAUAGUUUUGAUUGGCAUCAUUGAGUGUUCCUCGAGUUUUAUUUAACCUGACAUAGGCAUAAAGAAGCACGCCAAGUACAACCAAAAGCCAGUAAUUGGACUGUCGCAGCAGGGUGAAUGAAACGUCAAGCCUGUGGUUAUGUGUGAUGCCGAUUUCUGUGCUUCUGCAGAAGUCCCUUCCUCUCAUUUUUAAUCUGAAUACCAGUUACUUACAUCUGAAUUUCUGUGAAAUUGUCUAACUGUUGACAUGUUGCCUCAUCCCAUGUAUCAAACAUCUGUUUUCUUUGUUACUCUCAUCUCCAAACUCCCUGUCCUGUUGAAUGGCAUUACGAUCAACCAAUCCUGUCAGUUUCCUGUAUUAUCCAGUGUACAGUGCAACGGGUAUCUGGGAGAAUAAAAUCAGAGCAAACAACUGCAUGGAAUAAAUGCUGAUGUACUGUACCUAA